AUGGCGAACACACACACAGGUUUCGAGGACGACGAGAUUGUGAAUGAGGUUGACGUGGAUUCGUACGUGAAACCCAAUAAGAAGGUAGACGACAAUGACAAUGACAAUGACGAUGACGAUGACGAUGACUCUCUUGCAUCUCUCGUGUCGGACGACCUGGAUGCCACGACCGGUGCCACUGAAACUUCUACCGAAGAUCCUAGCGAUAACAAGCAUGAGAUUGGAGGCGAUGAAAGCGCUGCGGUCUUCAAGCAACGUCUCGUGGUCUUUUUGAUUCUCUUUCUGGCAGCCCUUGGUGUGUCUCUCACCGUUUACUGUCUCACGGCCGCCGCCGAGCACGCCGAGUUUGAAGCGCAGUUCGACAGCACGGCGCAAAAAGUCAUUGACUCGUUUCAGGACAUUGUGGUGCAAAAGUUCAGUGCCUUGGCGUCCUUGUC